AUGCCACAAAAAAGGAGCACGAGGGCUGGGAUACUGGCAGGUUGCCCAAGCCUAGACGGAGGAAGUCGAGGGGCGGGGUUCGUGUUCGAACCACGAACCUUACGGCCACCUGGCGAUAACAGUCGUCAAGCCGAAGCAUCCUUUCGAUACCUAGCUACCAUGCCAUCCGAAGGAAACACGACGGCUGAGAUACUGUUAGGUUGCCCAACCCUAGACAGGAGUAGCCGGGAUGCCGAAGCUGCGUUCGAACCAUAG